AUGGACCGCAAGUCAACUACUCCAGCUUGGAUCUCCAAGAUUGGUCCUUGGGUUCGUCGUCAGCGAUCUAAACUCCCACUCAAUCGCAAGAAAUCGAAGGCUCGGCUCACUAGGACCUCUUCAAUCGAUUUCUCCGCCGCGACCCCUCCCAGCACUUCAACCGCUCCUAACCCAUCCUCGGACUUUUUGCAAGAUUCUGCUUUUAUCGCAGCUCUAGAUCUGACGCCCACUUCACGCCCCCUACUGGCUCUAUCUCUGACUCUAGCAAGAACGCCCAACGCUGGAGUGGAUCCGAGCAUCGACCUGAAUAGCAACCAGGACUGCGGCAUUGCUCUUGACAAGCAGCCUGAUACGACGGGUGCUGAGACAACCCUCAAUCUUUAA